UCCUUAACGGGCCCGAUUCUAGCCAUGACGGCCGCCAAGAAAGCCGACUGCAACCAAGAGUCGCGAAAAAGGGCUCCCCCUUUUGCUUCAGCGAGCCUUGAACACCAGCCUUUGCUUUAUUCCAUGCUCCCACAAAGAAGUCCCACAGUCCUUUGAACCUCCCUUCCGAGUCCAAUACACUCAGGCACCGCUGUUCUUCUCUGGAUUUUUCCCCUGCAUCGCGGAGUUCCUUCAAGAUUACGCAUCGCCGCCGAUCCCGCCGAACCUACACAGCCUUCCAUCAUGGCGCAGGCAGGAGCUGGGGGGUCGUACAACAACCCUCUGAAGAAAUUCAAGCUGGUGUUCCUCGGCGAGCAGAGCGUCGGGAAAACGUCACUUAUCACACGCUUCAUGUACGACUCGUUCGAUAACAUGUACCAAGCCACCAUUGGCAUCGACUUCCUCUCAAAGACGAUGUAUCUCGAGGACAGGACGGUGCGGUUACAGCUCUGGGAUACCGCCGGCCAGGAAAGAUUCCGAAGUUUGAUCCCAUCCUACAUCCGAGACUCCAGUGUAGCCGUGGUGGUUUACGAUGUAUCAAAUGCUAAGAGCUUUCAAAACACGCGGAAAUGGAUAGACGACGUCCGGGCCGAGCGCGGCAACGACGUCAUCAUCGUCCUGGUGGGCAACAAGACGGAUCUGAGCAAGCGCGAGGUGACGACACAGCAGGGCGAGGAGGAGGCCAGGAAAAACAACCUGAUGUUCGUCGAGACGAGCGCGAAGCUGGGACACAACGUCAAGGCGCUCUUCAAGAGAAUAGCGCAAGCCCUGCCCGGGAUGGAGAGCUCCGACGCAGCCUCGCGAGCGACGAACCAGGUCAUCGACGUCAAGACCAACAGCAACCAACCCUCGCAGGAAGGCUGUUCGUGCUAGGUGGGGACGGUGCCGUCCACUGAAAAGUACAUUGGAUGGGGGGGGGGGAACGCCGGGGAGAUCGAUUGAGGGUGGAAGGCUACCAUGGAGCACCAGGAUGGGGCCAGGCGCCAGGCGAUAUAUCACCGCUCAUUCAUAUCGUCACUCGAUUAUACAUGGGAGCGUUGAAAAGACUGCUGUCGAGAGAGGGACGCAUUGGAGCAUAGCGAGUAAGGGUGGUUUUGUCGUAUUAGUGUUACAAAACAUGGCCGAUAAUAAUAGUUCUACAAACUUGGAGUAAUCAUUCUAGAGGCCUGGCCGCUGCGAGAGUUAUACCCUUGUCAACCAAGGAUAUCAAGCUUAUACUACAAUGCAAAGUACUC